UACCGAACACAUUGUAAUGUAGAGGAGGGGAGGAGGCUAGAAAAGGGUUAACAAUCCGUGGGAUUCCAAAAUCGAAAGCAACAAUUUUGGGUAAAAGCAUCAUUCACUUCUCCUCCGGUGAAUACGAUGGAUAAUUCUGCCGCAGCGACGCCGGUGUCGCAGCCAUCACCGUUUUCCACCCAAUUUCAACAAUCACAUUCUCAGGUAUCGAUAACUGCCGCCAAUCUCCGGACGUUCUCCGACUCCCUCUCCGCUUUCCAACAAUGCUUCAAUGAUCUACAACGACACAUUGAUUCAAUACAAACUUCAAUCAACUCUAUGCUGCUACCCCCUCAACCUUUACCCACCUCAUCAUCAUCACCAACAGUUGCAACCCCAGCCCCAGCCCCGGAGCCAGAAUCAUCUUGGGAAUCUGACCCCUCUGAAGAUCUAGAAGAAGAAGAAGAAGUCAAGCAAGAGGAAAAGGAAGUGGAGGGAGAGGGAGAGGGGGCAGGCGAAGGUGAAGGUGAAGGCGAAGACGAAGGAGAGGAAGUGAAAUCUCCUCGUUCAGAACUAAAAUCUCCUCGUUCAGAACUGAAAUCGCCUCGUUCAGAGUUGGAAAUUUUCUGCGAAACGAUGGACCAUCAUGGUCUGCGGAAGUAUAUGAUAACACAUAUCUCAAAUUUUCGUGGACUGCGUGAAGAAGCCUCCAAGGCAUUGAGACUUUCGCCCAGUCCUGCAAGCGUUGUAUUUAAAUGUAUCGGCAAGUUUUAUGUUACAGUGGGCAAGAAGUAUGCAAAUGAAUCACCUUUGAGCCGGGGAAGGAAGGCUAACGUAUUGCUUUUGGAGUGCUUCUUGUUAAUGAUAGGAAUCGACAAUAAGGGAGUUGAGAUUGAGCAAUGGGUGAAGGAAGCGGCAGAGCAAACAGCUUUAGCAUGGUUGGAGAGGAUGGAUUCUGAAGGAGUAAAGCCUCAAGAAAUUGAUGCCCGGGGUUUGCUCUACUUUAUUGGGGGUUUCGGGAUUCCAGAUAAAUUUACAAAUGCUAAUAUCAGAAAUUUGCUUCAGGUAAGUAACCUCAAGUGGGCUUCUGAUGCACUUAAAAGAUCAAAUGUUCUCAUGGCAAAGUUUCCAGAAAUAAUAGAGGAAAUGGUGGCGAACAAGGCAGUAGUUAAAGCUAUUCAUAUUGUCUAUAGUGUUGGAAUGCAGGACAAAUUUAACCCUAGGACACUUUUGACAACAUUUAUAAGAGAGUCUAAAAAAUCAUUUGACAACAUGAAUGGAUCACUAAGUGCACAUCAAGGGAAUAUUGGAGUAAAAGGGAAGUACUUAUCUGAUCUGAAAUCGAUUCUCAAAUGUUUGAGAUAUCACGAGAUUGAUCCUUCAAAAGUUCUUCCCGGAUGGGAAUUCAGUAGGAGAAUAAUGAGCUUGGAGAGAGAAAUUACUGAAUUCAAUAAGCAGAUAGCUGAUAAGAAGAUGGCACCGCAAAAUGCUGGAUCACGUAAGAGAAAAAAUGAUGGAACUGUGUGGUUGAGCAACAAAGAAGUGAAACACUCACAUUUUUCAAAUCCAUGGCUGCCACAACAUCAAAGAGUUGUUAGUAAUGUCAUUAGCAACAACAACUUGUUUGAAGGAGGUGGAACUUCUGGCCACGAUUAUGGUUAUUUUAUGCCCCCUUUGGUAUUGCAUGGACCUGUUGCAGGCUCAAUACAUGAAAAUGUUGGUUAUCCACUGGCAGGACCUGUGAGAGAUGUGGCCAUUGGUGGAACUGGGGCAGGUAUAUCAGCAAGUGCUAAUAGUAUUCAUGCAGGCAUGGAUGUUGUCCCUCAAGGAGUUUCACAUGCUGGAGGUCAUCUAGGGAAUCGAGUUGAUAGUAUACCCGGGCAAAUAGGAAGUCAUGCUGGUCAAUUAUAUGGAUCCGCUUAUAGGCCAUCAACCUACUUGCAAGUCCCAAACACCAUAGCCGGUGAUUCUUAUAGGCCUGCACCAUUCAUGGAAAGCUCAAAGGGCUUGCCAAACACCAUACCUGGUGAUUCUAAUAGGACACCGCCGUACUUGGAAGUCUCUCCGGGGUUGUCAAACACCAUACCUAGUAAUGCUUAUAGGCCUGUACCAUACAUGGAAAGCUCUAAGGGUUUGCCAAACAACAUACCUGGUGAUGCUAAUAGGCCACCACCAUCACUGGAAGGCUCUAUGGAGUUGCAGAACACCAUACAUGGUGAUGCUUUUAGGACACCACCAUAUUUGGAAGGCUCUACGGGGUUGCCAAAUGCUAUACCUCCACCAUAUCAGUUUCCUAAUACUGUUCCAGCAACUGAACUAAACCAAAGCAGUGGCUCACAGGCAGUUGAUGCUCAUCCUUCGUCCUCCUUGUACCAGCAGAGAUAGUUUUGAGAAAGUCAUCUCCUGGUAAUUCAUGUAUGAUGAUCGGAAACAUGUUUUCAUAGAAGGGGACCACAUACUCAACAUCUUUUCCUUCUAUAAGCUUACGGGAUGAGAGGAUGGAGUGUUGGAUAUCUAAGUAUGCUCAUUCUCAUCCUAUUUUCUUCUGAUUGGAGAGAGUAAAUUGUUUAGACCAGCAUGGCAAUGUUCUUUUCAAGAUUGGAUAGAUAUAUACACUUCAUACCCGAUGACUCCCAAUCUUGAGUUGUCCAGAGAUCCUUUUAUAUAGAAAUUGCAGUUGGGUGAGACAGAGGUAAAUUUGAUUAAUUACCAGCUCAGCUUAGGGCAAGAUAGUCUGGUGGCUUUGUGAAACUAUUGGUCGUCCUACAUGUCAAAAAACUGUAUUCGUGCCAACAGAAUAGCUACUCCAUUUAACUCGCUUUGUGAAUUCCCAAUCUAGCAUCUAACUCGAUUUCAACGAGAGACGGUUUGUUGCUGGGGAAAGACUGUUGAGGUACAAUGGGCAUGGUUAUGAGAUUGAUUGUGUCCAUCAGAAAAAAUCCUUAUUCUUAGGUGAGAAGUCCUGAAUAUCCAAACUAAAGCCCCAAUCCUUCAUCUCUAAACAUAGAAACUUUCUUAUAGUAGCUGCUUUUCUUUGCACUACUUAAGGAAGUUUAAGGUUGUAGGAUGCUGCUUGAUUUGAGCUUCAGUUCAUCAUUCCAUUCAUACAUUUGUGGAUAACUCCUUGUCUCUAUUAUACCACUUCAGUUUCCUCUGUUCUCUUUCUCUAUAAUUAGAUAAAGUUGGGAUUUUCUUAAGAAUUUUUCUGUUAUUUGUAAUUUUGUCAGAAAAAACUUAACUCACUUUUGUCGAUCUAACUUCCAGCUGAGUGGUUUGUUCAUGAUCCAACAAAGGUAGGAUUAUCCUUCAAUUUUCUCUUUUUUCUUCUAUAGACUGUGGUGCAUGCAUUUCCUUCUUACUCUUUUUAUUUGGGGUGAGAAUUGGAAUUUGUUAUAACUUAUGAAGCUGUCUCAAAAUUAUACUUGGUUGAUAAAAAGAAAAACCUGUCCAGAAUUGCGAUUCCAUCAAGAAUGUCAAACAUUUGUGUCUACUGUGUUAUCGUAAAAUUUAUGAUAGUAAAUUUCUUAAAACAUUCAGUUGGUUGGCGUCUAACUUGAAAGCACUGAAUCAGAGAAUACUAUAAGCCAACAGGUACGAAUCCACUGUACGUGAAAGCUGAAAUUUCUUAUAUGUAAGGAGUUGUCUUUGUCCAGUCUAUGAAAACAGUUACGGGUUCUUAGUAGUGCCGAAAGUAAAAAAGACAUUUUGUUUGUGGUGAACAUGUUGCCAUUGUUAUUGUAAACAACUUUCACUUCAAAAAUGAAAAUUUUAAACUCAAGAAAUUUCAGUUAGAGAUGUAAAACUCGACUACCAGGUAUGACACCUUAAGUUUCUCUUGACCUCUGAAUGUUCUGUAAUACUUGCCUUAGAUUUGGUAACAUAAGUUUGCUUAAUUAGUUUUCAGAUUAAACAUUGAUGCUCUCUGUCUUCACUA